GCUUCUGCUGGUGCUGCUCGCAUUGAAGGUGUCACGACGAAAAUCAGUUCCAAAGUAACAUUCGUGCCGCUCGGGUUGUGCGUUCGUCGCUCCGCUCGCUCGUUUUGUUGUUGGUUCAAAUCAACGUUCAAUCGUUUACCGUUCACCGUUAUAUUUCGUCGCGUUUAAUCAACGCCGUGUCACGCACACACUCUAAUAUACAUUAAAAUACACAGACACACUCAUACAUACACACACACAUACAUACACAUCCAUAGCAAAAACAACAAAUAACAAACAUUUAAAUAACGUGCGUGUGCAAAAUCCUAAACACAAUACAACAACAGCAACAACAACGAAAACAACAACAGCAACAGCAACAAGAGCCGUUAGCUAAAGUUCUAAAAGAUACUAAAAUCGUUCGAUAAAUUGUGCAUUGUUUUUUUUGGUGUCUGCCGCAGCAAGUGUAUUUGCCCUUAACCUGGCUAAAACAACAAAACACUCAACUACCAAAUAACUGAAUACCGAAUAACGCAUCGCAGACCAGAGUCGAUCUCAUCAUCAUAUGGUCUGUCAUAGGCAUCGAUCGACGCCAACAAUUGGAUCUAUAUAACAAAUAAUAUCUACAUAUCCGCAAUCCGAUAUCCUUAAACGGUAUAUUUUUUUGCUCGCUUUUGGAAUAUCCGCACGGCGACAGUGACAGCAUCGAGAAUCGCUCAAGCUCCGCGAUAUUGGUGUGUGUGUGUUUUUUUUUUUUUGAUAAACGCCAUUUGACUGUUAGCGGCGCUUUGGCCACUGCCACGCCCAGGCCCACGCCCACGUCCACACGGAGCCGUCAAUCAAUUUUGGCCAAUUGAAGCAUCAACGGGUGUACACCAUAAACAGCAUCAACGUGGCGCUGCACUCAACGGAAGCCUUGAUGGCGGCGGGCUUUCUCAAAUCGGGAGAUUUGGGCCCGCAUCCGCACAGCUAUGGCGGACCACAUCCGCACCACUCGGUGCCGCACGGACCGCUGCCGCCGGGCAUGCCGAUGCCAUCUUUGGGUCCCUUCGGCCUGCCACACGGACUGGAGGCUGUUGGGUUCUCCCAAGGUAUGUGGGGCGUCAACACGAGAAAACAGCGUCGCGAGCGUACAACAUUCACACGGGCCCAGCUCGACGUUUUGGAGGCGCUCUUUGGCAAGACACGCUACCCGGACAUAUUCAUGCGCGAGGAGGUCGCACUCAAGAUCAAUUUGCCCGAAUCCAGAGUACAGGUUUGGUUCAAGAACCGACGGGCCAAGUGCCGCCAGCAGCUGCAGCAGCAGCAGCAGUCCAACAGUUUGAGCAGCUCCAAGAAUGGCAGUGGCAGCGGCAGCUGCAGCAGCUCGGGCAACGGCGGCCGCAACAACAGCAAUAACAACAGCAGCAGCAACAACAACAGCUCCAACAGCAGCAACAACAACAACAGCGGCAACAACAGCGCCAACAAAUCGAACCAGAAGCAGACCGGCUCCGGCCAGAGCAGCUCGAGCAACGCCAGCGGCAAUGCGAGCAGCUCAGCGGCGGCCGCGGUCAGCGCUGCGGCUGUUGCGGCGGCGCAGUCCAUCAAGUCACAUCACAGUUCCUUCCUCAAUGCGGGCGCCGGCGGUGCCAACAACAACAACAACAACAAUAACAACGGCGGCGGCUCAACGCCCAGCAGCAGCAGCGGCAGCCACGGCGGCGGCGGCGGCGGAGGAGGAGGCGGCGGCGGCGGCGGCGGUGCCGGCAACUCGCAUGCGCACAUCUCAGCGGCGGCCGCGGCGGCGGCACUGAACGUGACCGCAGCGCAUCAGAACUCCUCGCCGCUGCUGCCCACGCCGGCCACGUCGGUCAGCCCGGUGAGCAUUGUGUGCAAGAAGGAGCAUCUGGGCGGCGGCUACGGCAGCGGCGGUGUGGGCGGCAACGGGUCUGGUGUCGGUGUGGGCGGCGUUGGUGUCGGCGUCGGUGUGGGCGUGGGCGUGUCGGGCGAUGCGCUGCGCUCGCCGUACGACACGCUGAAGGAUGCGGGCGGCGACAUUGGCGCGGGUGCACAUCAUCAUCAUAGCAUCUAUGGCACGGCGGCGGCCAGCAAUCCGCGGCUGCUGCAGCCGGGCGGCAACAUCACGCCCAUGGACAGCAGCAGCAGCAUCACAACACCCUCUCCGCCCAUAACGCCCAUGUCGCCACAGUCGGCGGCGGCGGCGGCGCACGCGGCCCAAUCCGCGCAAUCGGCGUCGGCCCACCACUCGGCCCACUCGGCGUACAUGUCCAACCACGACUCGUACAACUUCUGGCACAACCAGUACCAGCAGUACCCGAACAACUACGCCCAGGCGCCCAGCUACUACUCGCAGAUGGAGUACUUCAGCAAUCAGAACCAGGUCAACUACAACAUGGGCCACUCGGGCUACACGGCCUCCAACUUUGGCCUGUCGCCGUCGCCGUCGUUCACCGGCACCGUCUCCGCGCAGGCCUUUUCACAGAACAGCCUCGACUACAUGUCGCCGCAGGAUAAGUAUGCGAACAUGGUGUAGAAUCUGCUGUUCCAGUACUGCAGCAGCUCCGGCGGCAGCGGCGGGAGCAGCGCCAGCAGCGGACGCUCGCCUCAGCCACAGUCGC